AUGGCCGCCAAGCUGAUCCUCGUCCUCUGCGCUCAAGCGCUCUUCGUCCAGGUGGCAUUCAGUCAGUGCCUUGGUCGUGCAGCUAUCCCUGCCCCUGCCUUACCCUGCCCUGUUGUUGUUUCACCGAGCUGUGCUGGUAACGGUGUGAUUGCUAAUGGAUGGAUCGGUAAUGAUCUGAUCGGUACCGACUGGAUCAGUAACGGUCUGGUUGGUAAUGGAUUGGAAAUCGUCCCCACUAGUGGCGGUGGACUGACUGUGAGCAGUACCUCUAGCAUCGCUCCCAGCGGGCUCUCCCUAGCGUCAGAGAAUGUGUUUGAGGGUCCUCUGUCCGUGGCUGGUGAGCUGCCGUUCGUGAGUGCCGUAUCUUUGGAGGGCGCGCUGCCCAGUGCUGGUGCUGGCGCCGUCAGCUACAGCUGCGGUAACGGUGUCACUGCUAUCGAGAGCAUCGCUCCUUCUGCUGCUGCUGCUAUUGCUCCAGCGGUAGCAGCUGCAGCUCCUGCUGCUGCUUAUGGCGCUGCAGCACGUUAUGGUCUCGCUGGCUAUGGACUGGGUGCUGCUGGCAUCUCACCUGUGGCUUACGGACUUGGCUACGCAGGUCGUGGAUGCGGCUGUGUUGUUUAA